AUGAUGAUAUUGCCCUUCGAAUCGAACCUUAUCCUCCAGAGGAGGGUAGAUGUCAAAGCCACGCAAGAUACUCAUCUGCAUACGGCUUUCAACGGGGCGGGGUUUGAGAAAGGGACAAGCGUCAGUCGCCUAACUGGCCUUCGCCUGCUUGACCGCGGGCGAAGAGUAGGUCUAGAAGGCCCAUCAGCUAGUGAAUCAAAGGUUCACUCGCGGAGGGACUCAAUAGGGCAGACGGACUUCGGCGCCCACAGUGCCGAAUUGGUCUGCUUACAAGCAGUCUCGGACGCUUCAUCACGACCGAGCACCGCUUCCUACCUCGACCUUGCCUGCUCCCCGCAGACAUGGAAGAGCUCUCGGUAUGUAGAAUGCGCCCCACGUCGCAUUCAUUCAUCCCUCUAUCCGGACCAUCAGCUAUCGCCGCCACGGUGGCAUGCUGAUGUGUCUAUGGGGCAGGCUGCCAUCAAGGCUGGCUUGCUUAACCCACAAAUUAAUUACCCCAGAUCAUUACAGCAGCCGAAUAAUCCCUUUUCCCACGUAGGGCGUCCAUUUGACUGCGGACUUUCACGUUCAUUUGUAUACAUGUACUCGCGAUACUGCCAAUCCUAUCUGCGAGUCAUUGUCAUACUCGGGGUCCUCCCUCUUUCCACCGGUUUCCGCCCCGCUGUGCUGCCCGCGCUUGUCGCCGGCACCAGUGUCUUGCGUCCUCCUCAAGACCUAACGCGUCUGGGAGACGCCCCGAACAUUACGGCCGAUAAGGCCAUCCCUUCGACCUCGCACGCCUGUCAGAAGACUGGCCACUCUCUUCAAACCCUGUCCUCAUAUUAUCCUCCCCGGACCAUCGGCACCGCCAAUGAUGGCGGAAGCCGAUGGUCCAUAGGGCAGGCCGCCGUCGAGGCUGGCUUGCCCACUAAUAAAAUCAAAUAA